UUUGCCCCGCCCCCCCUCAAGGACGAACCAUGGCGGCUUCUAGCAAGAAGGUGUUUGAGCUGUUUGUUUCAAAAGUCCCAUGGACUGUCGCAACAAAGGAGAUAAAAGAGUAUUUUGGGCAGUUUGGCCAAGUGAAGAAAUGCCUUCUGGUUUUUGACAAAGACACUGGCUUUCAUAGGGGCUUUUGCUGGAUCGGCUAUUCAUCAGAGGAAGGACUGCAGAACGCACUUCAGAAAGAUCCUCACGUUAUGGAGGGAAGCAGGCUCCAAGUACAAAAGAACAGACGGCCAUUUACGGGGAGAAAACCAAACAAAGAAGCUGAUGAAAGCUGAACAGCAACAUUGACUCUGUAAUGUGAAGAUUAUAUAAUUAUUAUUAUUUUUUGGUCCAUUAUUAUAACUUAUGUCUAUGAAAUUAACAUUGUCUUUGGGGAAAGGUGACUUUGCAACUUUACAAUAAACGGGCUAUUGACAGAA